UCCAGUGACUACGCUCAGUGAACCCUAAACUCCCAAACACACCGCGAAGCACGGAACUCCAAGCGCCCACCAACAUAAAAACCGGCUUACGCAAGAAAAUUUCGUAAACGACUUUAAGGAAACUAUAAAUCUAGAGAUUACAUAACAGUUUGAAAAAUGCUUGAAGAAAGUUGGAAAGAACGUAGAACUACGAUAAGCAAGAUAAAGGAGCAUGUUCUCACUCUUCUCCUUCGAAAGGACCCACUGAAGAUCAUGAACAGCGAAAGCCUGAGAAAAGCGUCUUCAGAAUUGAAUCUCAACUCGAGUUAUUCCUUUUCUAAUGACUCUAUUACGUCUUCGACUAUCGAACACAAAGACGUUCGCUUGACUCCGACAGGAAGCCCAAUGAGUGGAAGUUUAUUCAGGCGGCGGUUAAGCUCUCCAAGUCACAUUAAAGUUCAGCGAAUUCGAAACAUUCAACGAAGUCAGAGUUUUCAACUGAAACCGGCUUUACGAAGAGACAGUUCGCUGGCAUCAUCAGAUUCUGGCGAUUCGGCAGCCUCGUCACCAGUUGCUGGAAGGCACGUCACGUUUUCGAAGUAUGCUCUUCUACUUGCUGCUGCUUCGGAUAACUCUGUCACCGAGUUACAAACACUUUUGGACAAAGAUCCGUCGUAUAUAAACAAGCCAAGUUCAUCUGGGCAAACCCCGCUACAUAAAGCAGCUUCAAAUGGACAUAAAGAAAGCAUAGAGUUGCUAAUAGAACGAGGAGCAGAUGUAAACUUUGCAGACAAGCAAGCAAAAACACCCAUGUUUUUAGCCUGGGAAAAAGGACACCAAGAGUGCUUCAAGUUGAUGCUUGAGGCAUCGAGAAGAAGAAAGGAUUCCAAAAAUGGGUUUUUAUAAGUUUCUGAAUCUUCUCCUCCAAAACCAGCAUACUACAUGGACUUUUCAGUGAAGAUUUGGCAGAAUAUAAUCAUCCACAAUAUUCAUACACUAAGGCUUUUCUACUGACUUUAAUUGUUAAUAUUCUCAACCAAUUUUUCUUUUAUCUCGGCAUGAACCUCGAAAAAUAAUAAAUUAUACAUAUUUUACCUUGGAAAUAUUUGAAAAUCUAAUAAGAAUUUUUCAGUAUUUGAGAUUUUGGUUUUCCGUGACGCUCUGCUUCUGUGGUUAAGAGAAUUUCACUUUUAAUUUUAACCAGUCAUUUAAAAUGCUUAGCACUGACUACAAAGCUUUCAAAUAACCCCAAAAACCAGAAGAAUUUAGAUUUUAAGUAAAUUUGAAGCAAGUAUAUUGAUCGCCAAAGACCAUUUUAAUUAGAUUUGUAUUUGAAAUUUAUACAUACGACUUCGAAACAAUUCUUAUUAAAUUCUUAUAUAAGGUGCUAAAUGUUUUCGCAAAUAUUUAAAUUACUGUUAAAGCAAACUGCAUUUUAAAUGUACGAGAGUCCAAAAUAAAUAUUGCUAAAUUGUAGUAAUGAUAAUAGAAAAUAAAUAAGUGUACAGUUUAUCAUAUACUUAUGGUUGUAUUUUAGUUUUUUUCGGGUUUUCCUGAUUUAACGAUGGCGUUUUAUCAGUUAUUGUAAGAAAAGGAUAUGUUUUUGCAAAUGUACUCUAGGGGAAUCCUAGGCCAAAUUCUGCAAACCUUGCAGGCGAUAAGAAUGCGAAGUCAUCAGUUCGCAGAUGGUUUGUUCAGUUAUAAAUAUAAAACAAUGGAAUCUCACACCAUGGAAUUUAACUAACCUUGAAAUAUCGUAAAAUAUCCUAAAAUUUAAGGAAAUAAACUUCUUCGAAACCAAAGAAUCGAUCUUUUCAUUUGCGAUAUUUAUUCGUAAUAAUUGUCGAGUGCAAUGUAGAAAACUUUGGCGAUUUUAUUUUGAUUUUUAUUGUUAACGUUGCAUAAACACGAGCCUAAACUUGUUUUGCAUGCUGGGGGGCGAAUUGAAUAUCGGCCUAAUGAUGCUCCCAUGAAAUGAGAUAUAAUAUAACUUAUUCGUAAAAAAAAAAAAAAAAAAACAUGAGAAAAGUUACAGAAGUUACAGUCAGAUGUUAAUUUGCAGUGCCAUCACUUGGAAACAUCUUCACUAAAAGAUGCCAAUGCAAGGUAUAGGCUAUCUAACUGAACCAGAAAGAUCUGAUCUCAAAAAUGUUUUGUAUAUACAUAACUUUUGCACGACUGAGAGCUUAUCUUAUUAGCAAAGCAAAAAUCAAGUUUGAUAAUAGUCAAGAUAAAUUACUGGUUUACGACAGAAUUAUGUGCUCCACUUAUGGUAAUUUGUUGACAUUGAUGGAAUAAACAAAGCCGGGUCGCCAAAA